GUCACUUAAACGCAUUAUCAUAUCAUAUAUAUAUAUACACGAAAAGAAACAGGCAAGCAAAUCCCUCAGUCCCAGUAGUCCCAAAUUUCUCUUUCUCCUUAAUCCUCUCCACCGGCGAAGAUCAAAACGAUGUCGGACGAAGAGCACCACUUCGAAUCCAAGGCCGAUGCCGGAGCUUCAAAGACGUAUCCUCAACAAGCUGGUACUAUUCGUAAAGGUGGUCACAUCGUCAUCAAAAAUCGUCCUUGCAAGGUGGUUGAAGUUUCAACUUCCAAGACAGGCAAGCACGGUCAUGCUAAAUGUCACUUCGUGGCAAUUGACAUUUUCACGGGAAAGAAGCUUGAGGAUAUUGUUCCCUCUUCUCACAAUUGUGAUGUUCCUCAUGUGAAUAGGACUGAUUAUCAGCUUAUUGAUAUCUCUGAGGAUGGCUUUGUGAGUCUGUUGACUGAAAAUGGUAACACCAAGGAUGACUUGAGACUCCCAACUGAUGAUACUCUUCUGGCUCAGGUCAAAGAUGGUUUUGCUGAGGGGAAAGACCUGGUUCUAUCAGUGAUGUCUGCCAUGGGAGAGGAGCAGAUUUGUGGUAUCAAGGACAUUGGCCCUAAGUAGCUGCAGAUGGUAUUAGUGUAUGUUUACAGAGUUUCUAAAAAAGAUGUAUUAAGAACCAAAACUUCUUUACUUUCUCUUGCAGUUGCAGUUGUUCUAUAUAACUGCCAUUUAACUAUUAUUAUUAUAUGGUGUUGUGAUUGGAUUCUUGUACUCACUACGGUAUUUCCUUUACUCUGAUAUUGCUACCUUUCUAGUAUCGUCUCUGGACGUAAAA